AUCUAUAUGACGGCAUUCUAAAAAUGUUUGAAUGGCACAAGGGGAAAUGGAUGCAGAACGUGUGUAAUUAAAGCAGGUUUCGCCGGCAAAUUAAGUAUACGACGCGUGGCGGCAAUGAGAAAUAUGAUCGGAGUUCUUCAUCGCUAGAUGGAUUGCAAUAGUAAAUGAGUUGAUUAUUUAUAGUCUAUGCAAGUGACUGCCAGCUAUCUUGGAAUCUUGUGAGUAUUGAGUAAUCUACAUAUUAGCUAAUGACCAGAUACAUUUGCAUACUGCAUUUCCUGUGACGUAGGUUUUCCAUUCAUUAUUUAUAGAACAUUCAAAUCAUCUAAAGUUAUGGGGCAAAAAGUGCAAUGAACCUAGGUGACUGGCAAAUUGGGUUAGCACAUGCGAGUUCCUGGAUUUGUGUCACCCUCGAGCGCAAUUAAAAUCAAUAGAGCGUGGCGAAAUCAGUCAGGUUUAUGACAGGACAUUCCCGCAGGACACUGGUCAGUUGUAUUUGUUGCUGUCGCGUGGAAAGUUCAGCCAUGGAGCUGCGCCGGAAAAUCGCUUGGCGAAUUCUGCCCCUCUUCCUGUUUGCUUUUCUGCUAACGGUGGGCGAGGCCUAUCUGAAGAGUGUCCGGGUGGAGGAGAUACCCUUUGCAGGGAGGAAGGUCCAGGUCCUGACCAGUCGUCGGUCCAGCGGCAUUCAUCUCAUCUCCAGUCUGGAGCAUCAGCGCACUUUUCUGCACCUAUUUCAUGUGCCCUACAUCAUUUGCUUCUACGCCGCCAAAGGAAAGUGGCCGUAUGUGCCGGGGUUUAUGAAGUACCGCGUUGACAAUGCGGCUCGCAGUUUUUUCCACCAAAACGACAGUUUUAUCAAACAAUUUUGCACCAAGUGGAUUCAGGUCAAGGAGUGCUUUCGACCCCUAUUCGACAAAUCAAAUACCACCACAGAUGUGGAGGUGGAGACACUGAAUGCCAAGUUUCAGGGACAGAGGGGGCAGACUUGCAACUGCGACAAGCUCCUCUCAACAGAGCCACCUGUGCCGGUCGUCUACUUCGAUAAGAACUAUAUUGGAAACGUGAGUUCGGAGACCAUUUUGACCACCAUUGAGUUUCUGGAGAGUUUCCUGCCACCACCCACUAAAAAGCACAAGCGCAAGAAUCGCGUGCGUGGACGCCUGGAUGAUAUGGAUAUUGAGUAGAAAUCAAACCUUAACUGUUUUUACUUUCUGCACAGCCUUUUUAAUUAAAACCAAAUCU